AUGCAGGCCUUAAGUGCACCUUAUCAAUGCAAAGCUUGUCAUGUUAGCAUCAGUUCUGAAGAAUUCUUGAUACAUUGGGAGCCAAAAUACGUAUUCUCUGUCGUGUAAACUUUACUUAGUUCAAAUGCAAAAAUCGAAGCUGAUAAUAAUGUUUCUUGCUCAGGUUGUGGAAAGUAUCUAGGACACAAAGAGGUAAAUUUUUAAAUCAGGGGUUUGCAAUGGCACUUGGAGCCUAGUUCAUUAAAUUUGAAAAGUGUCGCCAAAGCAGAAGUCAACUUAUUUUCUCUUAAGCAGCAAGAUAUGGCAGAUAUAUACCAGGAUGCAGUUUAGAUGAUCUUGGUUUGGGAGAAUGCAAGGCACUCCCGAAUGGUAAGCUGACGAAUCAACUCGGGGAUUUGAGAAAUAAGUCUGAUGCGAGGCAUUUCUUAACUCCCUAAGCUUGAGCUGGAGAACCAACUUCGAGAAUUAGGUUGAAUUAUUUCAGCCCAGGAUUAUCUAAAUAGGCUCCUGGGCUACAUCAGUAUGAAGAUCACUAGACUUCUUGAAAAUACUAAAAUAGAGGUCAAGCAAAAUUUGCUGCUGAAGAGCCAAUUAAGAGGUUUUCAAUACAGUUCAGAAACAGAUUUGGUCUUACUCCAUCAUCGCUCUGAAGGUAGGCUGCUUUUAACAGAUCGAAAUGGCUUCUAUAAUGAUUUUUUGGCAAGUGUGUAUAGAUUCAUGGAAGGAAGAGUGCUAGUUUUAAUAACGAAUAUUGAAGAAAGUCCACCUGAAGGAGCUUUAGUUUCUUCAGAAAUAUAUGAAUUAUCUAAAUUUGGAGACCAGCCAACUAUAGCCGAGCCUUGUUAUGGCUUAGGCUGCGCUGAUGACUCCCGAUGUCACCCAAGGGACAGGCAAAUCAACAUUUAUUGGUAAACCAAUUCCUGGAAGGUAAAUCCGCCUAAUAUUGAAGAUUUGCCGCUUAGGGAGUUAGUUUUACCAUUUUCAACUCCUGGGUGGAGCGCCAAAGCCCGAGCCAUAGCAAGACUCAGGGCAUAUAGGAAUUUUAGGCGAGAUGGGAAAGGUAGUGUGCUGGAAAAGCUCGCCUUCAGAGUAUCAACUUAAUCAUAUAAGAGAAAGUAUUAUGAGAUCAGCCUUUUAUAGAGAACCUGCUAAUUAUGCAAGAUUGCCAGAAGCUUAUCAUCCUUCAGCUUCAAAUAAGUUUAAGUGUUCAUUACUAUAA